AUGUCCGCUAUAUUCGCAACCACCCAGACCACAAACAUCAUCAGACCAUUCAAUACUGAUAUCUCAUUCACUCCGAAAGAAUGUAUCGAAGUGACCAUCUUAGAAGCCCCUUCAUCACCAGCAUCUUCGUCCUCAUCAGCUGACGACGAGACCGAAUCGAGUGCUAGGUUCUCUCGCCACUUUGAUGUACCAUCGUUGACCGACGAAGAACUUUGGGAACCUUGGUUCGCUUUCCCCUCGAGACCUCACAUGACUUUACAUCGUUGGGCUGAGGGUAACAAAUCGCAACUAGACAUGUUCAUCCACAACCUACCCCUAUCCUGCCCUCCCUCCCUAUACCCUCUAUUUCUCACUAAGUGCCGUUGGACCCUCACCUCACUCAAGAUACUAGUCCUGGGUUCGAUCCUCUUGAUCCGAGGGGUAAAUCACGGUCCGCAAAUGGGUAGAACCCUAUUUGGUAGGAUCAUCGGUGAUAGGUACAAUGAUUUGAUGGCUUUCAGAAACCAAAAUCAACAUUAUGCCAAAUCGCUUGCCGAGUUGUUCGAGGAUGAGGAGGUUAUAAGGAGGAGUGUCGAGGAGGCCAGGUGUUUACAGAUAAGAGGUAAUGAAUUAUUCACUCAAGGGAAAUACGAAGCUUCUCUUGAACAUUACGGAAUGGCCCUUAUCAAAUUGAUCCCCUGGGACACGGCUUCACUCCCACCAAGUCUAUCUUACAAAACUGGAUUUCAAGAGAUUGAUCAGUCGCUAUUCCUUUCCAUCGCUUUGACAUCCAUAAGGAUCUGUCAAACCUUACCUCCAAAUUAUAGAUCUCAUCUUACGAUACCUGGAUCGAGGCUAUAUAGAUUAUCCAAAGCUUCUUGCGAUUAUAUCUCUCAUUCUCCCAUCUCUGGGGAUGCAGGAGAGGAACAAGUCACGCUGGCGUAUAGGCUGGAAAGUCUGGCUAGGGAGGUUGCGGAGGUGCUCAAGAUAGAUCCAUCUGAGGUGGAGGAUGGUAAAAGAGUCAGAGAGGUCAGAAGAAGGUUUGAAAGGGAUUAA